AUGGGUGUUGAAUGUAGUCUUCCCACAAGAUUUGCCUUGGGGUUGUACAUUGAACCGAAGUCCACUACUGGUUCAAUUAAGCCAUUUCAAUUGUGGUGGGAUAGCAGUCGGUGCAUCCCUGUCACACAAGAUGCUGAUGGAUAUAGUUUCUUUAGAUUCCUUAAUGAUUGGGCUGCUACAGCUGGAAAGAUGGAUUUCGAACCACCUCCUCACUUUAAUGCAUCUUCUCUCUUUCCACUAAUGGAUAAGGCUGCAGAUAUAUCUAAUUGUGAGCCUGAACCACAACGACAUGUAUCAAGAAUGUUCAAUUUCUCAUCCUCUAGCUUGAGAAAACUCAAGGAUAUCGCUGCAAAAAAUUCAGAAGUUGUACAAAACCCAACUCGUGUUGAAGUUGCUACAACACUUUUCCUUAAAUGUGGAGUGGCUGUGUCAAUGGAGAAAUCGGGUGCAUUCAAACCAAUUCUAUGGAGCCAUGUAAUGAAUUUGCGCCCACCAGUUCCACUCAACACAAUGGGAAAUGCUUUUCUUCUCUUGGGUUCAAUAACAAUGACAGAAGAUAAGGUAACAUUACCUAACUACGUUGUUGAACUACAAAAGGCUAAACAACACCUUCGAGACGAGUUGAAAGAUAAGAGUACAAAUCAGAUAGCCACACAUGCACUUGGAAGAGUCAAACAAGGUUCAGACAUAAUAAAAAUGGAUAUGUUUGAUGCUUAUUCUUGCACAAGCUUUUGCAAUUUUGGGUUAUAUACGAUCGAUUUUGGAUGGGGUACGCCUGUAAGGGUGACCCUAGCUAGAAAUUUAAUGAAGAACCACUUCUUAUUCUUAGAUAACCCAAGUGGAGACGGGAUAAAUGUACUAGUCACUUUGAGUGAAGCUGAUAUGUUAAUAUUUCAGAGUAACAAAGAGCUCCGACAGUUCGCUUCUCCAGUUGUUUAGUCAACUGAAUAAGUUUUAAGGCCGUUUCCUAAUAAACUAGCAUUUUCUAUAUAUACACAACUAUUUGAUCUUUUUUCGUACUCUAUAUGAUCUAGCUAAUCAUUCAUAUGUAAAAGAUUGUGUCACACUCAUGAAGACAUCUAAAAAACGAUGUAUUAUGAUUCAAGUGCGGGGAGGAGGAGUGACACUCUCAUCAAGACAUCUAAGAAAAUCUUGUGAAUUUAUAUUAUGGUAUCAAUAUACUCUUUUCGUUCCUUAAUAAAUGACGUUUUGUAUUAGGAUAUCAAUAUAUUCUUUUCGUUUCUUAAUAAGUGGCGUUUUGAUGUAAUAAUUCUCAUGGCGAUUUUUUGAUCUCUACGUUUUUUUUAACUAUUUCCUCUCUCAUAGUUUCGGUAAUGUAUAGGUGACCCGAUUUCUGAGGUAGUUGA